CCAGAAUCCAGUAAAGAUUUUUGUGUUUGCGUUACUUCCAUUUGGCUAUAAUUUUACAAUUUACAAAUACCCGGGUAUUUGCUUUCACGUGCAUGUACUUUAUAAAGCAUACUGGGUUUCACAAACUAUAGGAGCUAAGAAGAGGAGCUGCUUUGGUUCUUUUCUGUCAGCUAAACACAAGUUUGUUGUUUGAGGGAUGGCUUACAUGGUAUUUACUCAUUAUUUGCAAUUAAUGGAUAAGUGUUGGCGAUCCCAAGAUGGUAAAAUCAUUGCAAAUCUAAUUUCGCUUCGUAAUGAUCACGUCACGAAUAAAAAUCUUGUGUUGGACCGACCCGAAGCUAUGGUUGAACGUUUCCUGUCGAAUCCCUUCGAUGAGAUCGUAACCUGUCACAUCAAGUGCAUCCACGCUUUACAUAACAAAAUGUACUUGGAAGCCUACCAAUUUCAGAGUACAUUGACUCAACUACUUACAAAAGUAAUCCAAAACCAGCGAGAAGAAAACUGGGCACUGCCGAUUAUGUACACAGUCUGCUUAGAUUUAAGAUUACUAGCACAAAAGGUUGAGAAAGAGAGGAAUAAUGUUAACGACAAACCGGGAGAAAUACUAGAGCGAGCUGCCGAAAGUUUGCUGGGCUGUUUUCGUAUUUGUGCUGCCGAUAAUAGAUCUUCUGAAGAGGAUACAAAGCGAAUAGGAAUGUUAACAUUAGUCAAUCAAUUAUUUAAGGUUUACUUUAGAAUAAACAAAUUGCAUUUAUGUAAACCCUUAAUUAGGGCUAUAGAAUCGUCUCCAUUUAAGGAAAGUUUUGCAUUGAGUGAACAAAUUACUUAUAGGUAUUUCGUGGGAAGGAAAGCGAUGUUUGAUAGCGAUUACAAGGCGGCUGAUGACUAUUUAACGUAUGCAUUUGAAAAUUGUCAUCGUUCAAGUAUUAAAAAUAAGCGUUUAAUAUUAAUCUAUCUCGUUCCUGUGAAAAUGCUGUUAGGAUACAUACCGAGUAAGCAGGUGCUGGAAAAGUAUGAUGUGACACAAUUUUGGGAAUUGGUGCAGGCAGUUUGUCAAGGAAAUUUAAGGUUGUUUGACGACAUUAUGGAUAAGCACGAGACAUUCUUUAUUAAAUGUGGAAUUUAUUUAAUUGUGGAGAAAUUAAAGAUUAUAGCUUAUAGGAACUUGUUUAGGAAAGUGUAUUUAAUUUUAAAUACGCAUCAAAUACCUGUUGAAGCAUUACAGUCUGCUUUAGCACUUUUAGGACAGGAUGAUGUUGACCUAGAUGAGACUGAAUGUAUUGUGGCUAAUCUUAUAUUUGAAGGUAAAAUUAAAGGGUACAUUUCUAGGCAACAUCGUAAGGUUGUAGUUAGUAAACAAAACCCAUUUCCAUCUUUAAUAGGUUUGUCAUAGUUAAGAAUAAAUUCUCCUUUGUAACUGUAAUAAAAUUGUGUAAUAUUAAGUUUUGUUACAUAAUGUGUUCAUUUUUACAAUGUGUUACACCAAUCUGAUGUUUCACAUGACUAGUUUGGCAUAAUAAACUCUUAUACUGGUUCAA